AUGGAGAAUGUGGAGCUUCAUACCGCUUUAGAAGGACAGCUACGCGUGGCAAGAGCACUAGAAAAUGUCAUCGACCACCACUGGAGGAAAUCCAGUCAGGAGAUACGCUGGUUUACCGGCGAUGCGGAGCGACCUCGGCCUUCGGAUUUAUCUGAUGAGUUGCUCUACGCUUUACUUGAAGAGGACAUGGGAAAUCAAUACGCUGCGGUGGAUAACGUACUGGAAGCCAGCGCAAUCUCGCGCGUAAACUGCGAGUUGAAUCCACAGCUCCAGGUGAAGCGUAAUGCGGAUGGUGUGUCUUUCCACCUCCACGAGGUGCAUUUGCUGCCGUUCUCCGUUCCAAGUGUAACUCACGCACUGCACAACUCGCUCAGCCACGGAGACGCGGGACGUCCGAUGACACGUUGUCGAAGGCUCUGGAAGAGUGACAACUGUCUACGGGCCACUACUGUCACUACACUAAAUCUACCAAAUGCACGGCAAGUGGAGGUCACAACGAGACUUGUUCAGCGGAGUAUCCCUGAACCAACCCGCACAGUUAACGUGUGGGCUGCGUACGUUGAGAUCCAAGGCUCCAUGUUCGUCCGCCUCGAAGAAAAAGGGUGGAUUGUGUUAGAACCUCAUCAUUUCAAGAAGAAUGGCUACAGCGCGAAAGCACUGGGUACCACAUUACGAACUGCUAUCCGCGUGAAUCCUGUCAUGCAGUUCUACUCCGAGGAAGACGAGAAGCAGCACGUUGACGAGAUGACGGAAAUUGUCAUGGACACAUACAACUGCAACUUCGGACUGCUCUACCAAGUCCUGGAGAACCUCAUGCUAGACAAUGCCAUGAAUAAAAAGAGGCACUAG